AUGGCGUGCGUGUUAUCAGCGAGAUUGUACUCCUACUUGCAACGUCAUCUAGAAGUCCGUCUAGAAGAAGUGGCCUUCUGGUCAGACUCGACAAUCGCUAUCCACUGGAUCAACAGCGAGCCAAGCAGGUGGAAAACGUUUGUACGAAACCGUGUGGAAGAUAUUCAACUACACACGGAUGCUGCUCAGUGGCGACAUUGUUCCGGGAACGAGAACCCUGCAGACUUAGUAACGAGAGGAGUAUCCGCGACGAACCUGGUUUCCAGUACCCUGUGGUGGAACGGGCCGGAGUGGAUAAGGAAAUCGAACUGGCCUCGAGGAAAAACGGAUGGUAUGCAGUAUCAGAGUACUGAAGAGGAGGCCCUGAAGAAAACAGGGGUCCUUCAGACGCAAGUCAGUGAAACGACAAGCAGCGCUUUGCUAGACGUAGAGUCGUAUAGCAGUCUUCACCGACUCCUAAGAGUGACAGCCUGGAUUCUGCGCUGUGUCAGAAAUUCGAGGCCAGGGUAUCGAACGUCAGGUCCCAUCACCGUUAUGGAACUAGCCGAGGCUGGGAAGCACUGGACAAAACACGUACAGGGAGAAUGUUUUGCGACAGAAAUUAAGUGCACCCUGGAGAACCGGAAGCUACCGGCAAAUUCCACCCUGCGCACGGUGACCCUGUUCAUCGACAAGAAGGGACUGCUCAGAAUCAACGACCGAGAGCAGUUCAGUGGGAAAGGGUAG